UGGCGCACAAUAGCGCGCUGGUUCACCUCCACGCGCCGCGCACACACUAUGUGGAAGUGCAGCGGGAACUCGGACGGGACUCAGGUGUGGUUUCGGACGACUUUGCCAUUUUAAAGCGCCUCAGGGAGUUUUAACCCACACAGGAAUACGCACUUUAAAGUUUCCUCGCGCACAGUGGAGAACUACGAGUGUUCCUUUCUAUCAAAUGGGAAUUAAGCGCGCGCGUGAAACUUGGGCUUCGUCUUCUGCUCGCUGACUCGGUUACUCUUCUUCGCCGGAAACAUGCUGGAGAGAAUAAGCAUUUCGGAUUUCGUGGUCCUGGCGAACGAGGACCUGUCCUCGCCGGGAACCUCCGCGUUUCAGUCCAGAAUGAGCGACUGCCGGAACACGGUGUCAACGGUGGAGGAGUCUCUGGAGAUGGACAACACAACACUCCAGAGGAUGAAGAAGAUGAUCAAAGCUAUACACACAUCUGGCCUCUCUCACGUGGACAGCAAGGAGCAGUACACUGAGGUGCUGGAGAGCCUGGGGAACAGCCAUCUCACUCAGGACAACAACGAGGUCUCCACAGGCUUCCUCAACUUGGCUGUGUUCACCAGAGAGGUCACGGCGCUCUUCAAAAAUCUGGUGCAAAAUCUCAACAACAUAAUGGCGUUUCCUUUAGAAAAUGUGCUGAAGUCAGAGCUGCGCGACAGCAGACAAGAACUCAAGAAACAGAUGGAGAAGAGCUGGAAGGAGUAUGACAUAAAAAUAGGGAAGCUAGAGAAGGAGAGGAAGGAGAAGACCAGGCAGCUGAUCAGGACGGAGGGAUCAGAUGGAGGGGAGGACAUGGAAAGAGAGAGGAGGACCUUUCAGCUACAAAUGUGUGAGUAUCUUUUGAAGAUCCAGGAGCUGAAGGUGCGUCAGGGCCCAGAUCUUCUGCAGAGCCUCAUCAAAUUUUUCCAGGCCCAGCUCAGUUUUUUUCAGGACGGACUGAAAGCUGCAGAGAAUCUGGGUCCUUUUAUUGAGAAACUUGCUGCUUCUUUGCACACGGUGCGUCAGGGCCAGGAUGAGGAGGUGAAACAGCUCACUCAGUUAAGGGAUUCGCUCAAGUUACUUCUUCAAGUUGAGGGAAAAGAGGAGUACCUGAACAGGAAGAACUCUGGCAACGGGUAUAGCAUACACCAACCCCAGGGCAACAAGAAGUAUGGGACGGAGAAAUCUGGCUUCCUGCUCAAGAAGAGUGACGGGAUCAGGAAGGUGUGGCAAAAACGAAAAUGUGGAGUCAAAUUUGGCUGCCUCACCAUUUCUCACAGCACGAUCAAUCGACCGCCAGCCAAGUUGAACCUACUGACCUGUCAGGUGCGACCCAACCCAGACGACAGAAGAAUCUUCGACCUGAUCACCCACAAUCGAACAUAUCAUUUUCAAGCAGAAGACGAGCAGGAAUGUCUGAUCUGGAUGUCAGUGCUUCAGAACAGCAAGGAGGAGGCCCUGAACACAGCACUGGGGGGAGACCAGCUCCACCUCCAGGACAGCGGGCUUCAGGACCUUUCCAGAGCCGUCAUCGCCGACCUCCGACACAUGCCCGGAAACGAGGCGUGCGCCGACUGCGGGGCUCCAGAUCCAACGUGGCUUUCGACCAAUCUGGGCAUCCUCACCUGUAUAGAGUGCUCCGGUAUCCACAGAGAACUGGGGGUCCACUACUCCAGGAUCCAGUCGCUGACUCUAGACCUACUCAGCACCUCAGAGCUCCUGUUGGCUGUCAGUAUUGGCAACACCAGAUUCAAUGAUGUCAUGGAGGCCUGCCUCCCAAAUGACUCAGUCAAACUGCUCCCACAAAGUGAUAUGAAUGCCAGAAAGGAGUACAUUGUGGCGAAGUAUGUCGACCGUCGCUACGUCCUGCGCAGAGAGGAAACGGAUCCCAGCCGACUGUACGACGCCGUGAGGUGUCGUGACCUCACUUCUCUUUUGCAGCUAUACGCCGAAGGAGCAGAUUUGGCCAAAACACUUGUGCUGCCUGACGGACAGGAGAGCAAAGAGACGGCGCUGCAUCUUGCCGUGCGUCUAGAGGAAAGAAGCUCUCUGUCACUGGUAGAUUUUCUCUGCCAGAACAGCCACUGUCUGGAGAAGAGAACAGCAGAAGGAAACACAGCUCUUCACUACAGCGUCCUGCAUCACAAGCCUGAGUCGCUCAAGUUACUGCUUAAAGCGAAGGCAGCACUAAACACAGUGAACGCGGCAGGAGAGACGGCCCUUGAUAUCGCGCGGCGGUUGCAGCACACACUCUGUGUCGAGCUGUUGGAGCUGGCCCACAAUGGGAAGUUUAACGCUCAGAUCCAUGUGGAGUUCAUGUGGGAGAUGCCGUCCCAGGAGUUCUAUGACAGCGAGGAUGACCUGGAUGAGAAGGUGAGCCCAUUGCCUAAAAAACAGUCCCCUCUGUGCAAUGGAGGCGGUGGAACUUCAUUUGCCCAGUGGAAUGUGGGUAAUAGUGCCCAAGUCAACGCAGGCACCAGGCCUUGCCAGACUUACGAGAAUCUAGACUUUCUGUACGGAAAUCCUCCUGCCAACAGCGCCCCCUCGUUAGGGCCACCACCCCCACUGCCAGCUAAGUCCAUCCAAAGAGGUCGUUCCGACCCCCAGAUUUCAGUCACAACACAGGAGGGAAAUCCCAUUCCAAGACGCUGCUCUAACCCGGCCUCCCACCCAUCUAGACAAAACCCUCCUUCACCCAGCAUGGGCCAAGGUGGGAGGUCCCCCAGGUCUCCACAGACACAGCGGGGUCUGCUCAGGAGACAGAGGCAGACCUGGGAGGGCCAGCCUGCAGCUAGUUCUGGAUCCCAAAACAGUGGCACACUGACGUCCUCUCAGAGCCACAUAGGGCCUGUGAGUUCAGAGAAGACCACGUCGUAUCGUCGAACCAGCAGUGGAGGAGGCAGCCAGGGGAAGUGUGGCGUAUCAUCUCUCAGCUGCGUCGGCAGCCAGGAGGAGCUGUACUGCAGUUUAAUGGGGAACAGCCUGAGCCUUACCCCAGCGCCUGCUCCAGCUCCAGCUCAAGCCCCGUCAUCCUCGCCUACUGUGACCUGUGCACACCGACCCCGCAGGAACGCUAUGGUUUCUGGCAGCAGACCACAUCAGAAGCGUGUCAAGGCCUUAGUGGAUUGCAGAGCAGUCAGUCCUGAGCAGCUGGCUUUUUUCAAAGAUGAGAUCAUUGUGGUCACGGCCACUAAUGACCCCCACUGGUGGGUAGGUCACAUAGAGGGGGACGCAUCCAGAAGUGGAACCUUUCCUGUCAACUACAUACACAAGCUGGCAGACUAAAGGGACGUAUCGUGUCCCACUAGAGGAACCGAACCAGCGUGGGAUGUGAACUGGAGCUAAAUUGUCACAUACAGAUUUUUUACCUGGGAGGACAGUGAUUUUUCUCUGAACCUUGGAGUUAUUGCAAUGAGCACAUGAUGCGUUACAAGGGAGACCGGAGGAUAUAAAUGAAUCUGUUUGAGUUUUUUCUAGUUUUUGAUAUUUGAUAUUUACUCGUACUGUAAAUCAAAUUAGUGCAGCUCCAUAAAUUGUUUCAUUCUAACGUUGCUCUGUCUUUUUCUAACUGCUAUGUUUGUACAGUUGUUUGAAAACCAUAAGCCAAUAUUACUAGGUACGAAUUCAUGUGUUUAGGGAAGAAAAAGCUCUUUUCAUUUGAACUUUGAUGUCACAGAAGAGGAGAGUUUUGAAUUGUCUAUACUGAUCCAGGAUCUGUAAAUAGAGGAUAAAUGUACCUGCAGGGCGAACCCUUUAAGGCACUUUAAACUAGAGUUGGCAGAGCUGCACCGGUCAGCUGGCUCUGAAUGGAAACUUCCCCACUCAUUUAAGUCAUUCUGAACCGAGACAAGUAGAUAUGAGUUUCAAACCUGCCCAGCGUUUGGUGCAGCCUGCCAAGGGACUCUAAAAGUGGCUCCGUGCCUGCCAGUCUGUCUCCAGCAGAACGCCAGGCGUCUGAGCGUCCCUGAGAGAGGUCUGUUAUUUAAGCCCAGGCUUCUAGGCUCUGGGCACACCUCACUGGCUGCACAGAGAGCGGAGGAUCCCAUUUCUUCUGGCUCCUGGCGUCGGCCUCUGGAGAAUCUGCAACAACGGCCGCGUGCUAGAACGACCCUACUACCAGGAAUUAGCACUUAACAGAGAGCUUGUUAGUAACAGCAUCCCAGUGCAGUCAUUUUGUGUACACACAAGCACGGGACCAACACAGAUGUACACAGGCUCUUAGGAAAUAAGGGGGGAGGUGGACGCGAUGUGUUUUUACUUUUUUCUCUUUAGUUACACAAAAGCAAGACAUUUCACAGCAGUGUCACACAAUUUGUUGUACAUAUUUGUCUAGAAAUGUCUGAUGUACAGUCUAUAUAUCAGGGUCUAUAUAUCAUGUUUUGAUGCAUUAUUCAUUAUACAGUGUGUGUGUGUGUGUAUAUAUAUCUAUAUAUAAUAACUACGUUAUUAAUUUCAUGUCAUCUGUUUUGUGUUGUUGGUUGACUGUGGCUAGAGGAGAAGAGCAGGGAGUACACACAGUUGUGUAAUUGUGAAAGGAUUUUGUCUCACAACUGAAGAUGAUGCCAGUGGUGAGUAACAGCCCGCAUGUGGCAGGAGUUUAUUAAUUUCUGAGUGUAAACAUAAAGGUGAUGUGUGUUGC